GGUCCCAGGAAGUGGUGGAAACCAUCUGGGCCCACAUGUCAGUGAAACCUGUAAGCUCCGUGGUUUGGGGUUCAGGUUCCCCAAACCGCCGGGCGCCGCACCGCGUGCUCAGCCGUCAUCCACGCCGGCCGAAAUGCCCCGCCGCCUCGCGACGACCUACUCCGGCCGCAUCGCCGCCGCGACGCCGUCCCCCUCGGGCCCCUCCCUCACCGUCACCGUCUCCCCGAAGCCGCCCCCCGCCGCGGUCGACCCGCGCGGCUUCUCGCUCCCGCGCCGCCACCUCAUCUGCGCCGUCGCGCGCAUCCUCCGCUCCCCGGCCUCCCCCUCCCCGCUCCUCGACCUCGCCGACUACCUCGGCUCCCACCGGCUCACCCUCACCACCGACGAGGCCUCCGAGGUCAUCAAGGCGCUCGCCCCCGACACCGCCCUCGCGCUCGGCUUCUUCCGCUUCGCCGCCACCUCCCUCCCGGGCUUUCGGCACGAUGCCUUCUCCUACAACCGCAUCCUGGCCCUCCUCCACCGCACCCGCGCCGACCCUGCCGAGGCCGUGCGGCUCGUCGCGGAGAUGGAGCGGGACGGCGUUCCCGGCAACAUCUCCACCGUGAAUUUGCUGGUGGGGAUAGGCGUGGAGGUGGGGAGGUGCCUGGAGCUGGCGAAGAAGUGGGGGCUGAGGCUGAACGGGUACACUUACAAGGUUGUUGUGCAGGCGCACCUGAGGAGCAGGGAGGUGUGGAAGGGGUUCGAGAUGUAUGAGAAGAUGCGGAGGAAGGGCUACAAGCUGGACAUCUUUGCAUAUAACAUGCUGCUUGAUGCGCUUGCCAAGGCUGCAAUGGUUGACCAAGCUUACCAAGUCUUCGAAGAUAUGAAACAAAACAAUUGUGAGCCGGAUGCAUACACAUACACUAUACUAAUUAGAAUGUCUGGAAAGGCUGGGAAGACCACUAAAUUUCUCUCACUUUUGGAGGAAAUGGUGUCCAAAGGAUGUGUUCUUAACCUGAUUGCUUAUAAUACUGUUAUGGAGGCUCUUGGUAAGAACAAGAUGGUUGACAAGGUGAUUUUUAUGCUUUCUAAAAUGAUUGAGAGUGGCUGCCAGCCUAGUGAAUUCACAUAUAGGGUUAUCCUGGAUUCUUUAGCAACAGGAGGACAACUACACCGGCUGAAUGAGGUUCUAGAUAUCUGUAGUGGACAUCUGAACAGGUCGAUUUAUUCUUAUUUGGUCAAGUCACUCUGCAAAUCUGGGCAUGCAAGUGAGGCUCAUAAUGUAUUCUGUCGUAUGUGGAGUUCCCAUGAAAAAGGAGAACGGGAUGCUUUUGUAUCAAUGCUUGAGGCAUUAUGCAAUGCAGAAAAAACAGCAGAGGCUAUUGAUCUACUACAUAUGAUGCCUGAAAAGGGGAUUGCUACAGAUGUUGGAAUGUACAAUAUGGUCUUUUCUGCUCUUGGGAAGCUGAAGCAGGUGUCUUUCAUAAGCAAUCUCUAUGUUAAGAUGAAAACCAAUGGGGUUGUUCCUGAUGUUUUCACAUACAAUAUCAUGAUCUCAAGUUUUGGUAGGGUUGGCUUAGUUGAUAAGGCGCGUGAACUUUUUGAAGAAAUGGAGGCUAGCAGUUGUAAGCCUGAUGUCAUUACCUACAAUUCUUUUAUAAACUGCCUAGGGAAAAAUGGAGAUCUGGAUGAAGCCCACAUGCUUUUCAAAGAGAUGCAAGAGAAAGGAUAUGAUCCUGAUGUCUUUACUUACAGCAUAUUAAUUGAGUGCUUCGGGAAAUCCAAUAAGGUUGAUAUGGCGUGCAGCUUAUUUGAUGAGAUGAUUGCAGAGGGAUGUGUUCCUAAUAUUGUAACCUAUAACAUUUUACUAGACUGUUUGGAGAGACGUGGGAAGACAGCAGAAGCUCAUAAAAUUUAUGAAACUCUCAAGCAACAGGGGUUGACUCCUGACUCGAUAACUUACUCAAUACUUGAGCGAUUGGAAGCUAGAUCUCAACAAAGAGCAAGAAUACGUAAGCCAAGUCGGAUUACAGGUUGGGUUGUAAGUCCAGUGUGAUGACCUACCCUGGUUCUUUUGGUUGCAUACCUCCUGUGAGGUGGAGCUGAGGAUCCAUAAUCUGUAUGCAAUGUCUCCAAAUGAUUGCUCAAUCAUCGUGGAACAAACUAGUAGUCCUGACUCAUCAGAAUGAUAAGUUAAGUAUCAAGACUAUUGCAUGGCUGCCGAUAUUUCAGUUCUGAACAAUUCGUGAAUGAUGGACAUCUUGAGAAGAGGUAAGAACAUUUAUACUUCUCCUAUCGGAAGACUAUUUUAAAGAUGGUAGAACCUAUCAUGCAAAACUCAGAGUUAGUACCUACAUUCGUAGUUAUUGAAACCGGACCGGGCCAACGGUUUAGCUGGAAAAAACAGACUGAUAUCCAGCCUGUUCUGGUGUAGCUUUUGGAUCAUUUUUGUGCAUCCAAAAAACUAAAUUGGUGACCACAGAUGCAAGGACAUGUGCACUGCGGAAGGGAAUUCUGAAGCAGACAAGGUGUCAUUCAUUUUUGUCUUUUGUGCACCAUCAUUGUAGCCUAGGCGGUUCCUUUUGUUUUGUGUAUGUAUGUGGGAGAAUGCCGGAGCUGUUCCUGUUCAAAUGAAACAUAACUUUCUCCUUGAAUCUACCAAUUAUGAGCUUUAGCAUAGUUAAGCACUGUUCCAUAUGCUUUCAUAUGAUAUGAUCUCAAGUUGGGUGUUAUGAGAAUUGGCUUUGCCAUCAGGGUACCACUUGUUUAACUACCCAGCAUGGCAGUAUCAGUUAAUGUGAUGAGGUGCCUCUGUCUACGUCUCCACUAAUAUGGCAGUCUGUAGUAGUCAAAUCAUAUUCCUUUGAAAGCGAUUUUAGUUUGCAAAACAAUCUGCGAACCUCCUAAUUCAUUGUACAAGUUCUGAGUUGUGAGAAGAAUUUUCCAUUCGAAUAGGAUAAGAUAUUUAUGAAUUUUCUGUGGAUAUGAUCUGUGGCUGUCAACAUUUUGAAUGAAACAACAUAAGAAUACCAGAAUAUGCUUCAAACGGUUAUCAAUCCCGACAUCUGUCAUCAUGUGAAGUGUGAAUAUUUUUCUUAUAUUUUAACCAAUGCCUAUUCUUAACUGAAAAGCAGUACAUUUUGGAUCCCUACAGGAAGUUUAAUAAGGAGUUGUUCACACCUUAAAAUUUAAAUAUUUGUUUUUAGUUAGAACUAUUGGUAAACUUUGUUGUAGCAUUCUCAUGAUAUAGUAGUUAUCAUAUAUAAGGUUCAAUGGUUAACCGUAACUAGCACUUGAACAUGAAGAACCUCCAGUCUCCCAGCUAAAUGGAUCUUCUGAUUCAUGGUAAGGUCCCUUGCGCUCACUUCAGGAGACUGAAACUAUGUUUCAUGUUGGCCACAAAUGGUAGCCACACUCAGGAAUCUUUAUUUUUCACAUUUGUCACACUGGUGAUGUAGCUUUAGCUUUAAUUGAGGGAUUCAGGAAGACGUGUCGCUAAAAAAUAUCAUCUAUUAGCAAAAUAUUUAUGGGUACAGAUGCCUGACCACAGGUUUUUAAUGUAAUAUGUACAUUGCUGGCCAGGUGUUUUACCCCCAUUUUCUCCAUAUAUUGUAUUGGUAAGAAGUGUCCUGAUUAAUGGAAGAAUGAUUAUCAUAGCUCAUCUCUGUGUCAUUUCUCUAGGAGCUAAACUUGCGUUAUUUUUCUUGUGUUCAUCAAUCCUUCUUUUUAUCAUUACUAAUCUAAUCUGAAAUUGAUGUUAUAUAAUUAAAUGAAGUUGUGAUUUUUUGUUGAAAACAAGGGUGAUUUUGCUUGCUAUUCAUGGUUUAAUAGGCUAGAUGGAGUGGCUGGACCAAUGGUGGAGACAUCAAAGGCAGGUUUAAGGACUCCAGUGUACUUUACUUUUUAUGUCUUUAGAAUAUUAAACCGGAAUAAAGUAACGUGGUUGCAUCUUCUUGCAUCACAUAGGUAAUGACAUUUUGUGGAAAUAUGCUUAUGAAAGGGUAUACCUUGAAUAUUUUCAAACCUCAACACUGUACUAGGAAAGUGAAUAUUGAAUACAUGUUGGAAUAAAUUGUGGUAUUUAUACUCUUCCAGAAACUGAGUUGAACAAAUCCUAAUUCUUUUUUGCUACUAGUUGAAUAGCGGGUGGUUGCAAACCAAGCCCUCAAAUUGCUUCAAUUUCGUGCUUCUCACUUUCUGGAAGAGUAAACAAGCACUAGUUGAGGAAUAAACUGACAUGCUGAAGCUCCAAACUUCCGUUAUCCACAUGCUUACGGAACAUGUAUAGAUUCUGCAUCCAUCAUGUCAUUCUAAGAUGAUCAACUGCAUUUUGUGGUCACAAAUCCUCUAAUUUGUGUCUAGCUAGGGUGUUGUGGAAGAAUCACAUGCAUUAGAAUUUACCAAAUGGCUGUCCUUUUACGGACAUAUGAGCUGCCAGGCAGUCAUACUCACACCUGCCAAAUUACCUCUUGGUACAAAUUUGUCUUCCUUUUUUUAUCAAUCCAAGACAUUGAACUACAUUCUGGGUAUAGAUUUGUAUCCUGGUUUUGCAGAAUCUAGAUGUAUCAAGUUUUGAAAUUUUGAACUCUAUGUUAAAAAUUAAGUACAGGUUUAUAUUAGAUGUUGAUAUGAAAGGUCAAAUGUGAAUUUGUAGAUAUGAAUUUUAUUUCAAAAAAAUUAAGUUGGGUGGUGUUCAAAAUUCAGAUUGAUAUUUAACACUUCAACUAGACUAAAAUUUUAUAUUUAGAAGACUAUUUUCAGUGUCAAAUUGAUUUGAAUUUUACAUUUGUUUCAUGUUCUAUGAUAAUCAUAACUAAACUAUUCUAGUUUAAAAUUGGAAUCCAUCAUUAAAUAAUGUAAAUAUUGAGCCAUUUUACUUUUUUUUUAUUUGUACAGCUUGCCUGUGAUGUUUACAUUUCCAGAUACUUUUAAUUGUAAUUCUUAAUUUUUACCCUUGGAAAUUAUACUCCUAUUUAUUUUAAAUUGUUUUGGAUUUUAUGCAUUAUAGUUGUGUAUUACUAAUUUACUCCAGAAUUGUAUUGUCAGCAGUUGAGAUCAAAUAGGAGCUAGUUUAGAAAGUUGGGAAUAAUUCAAUUUAGGAGGCCGAUAAGGUGUCUUUUCGGGCAGUCCCUUAUAACAAGACAAUGUCCUGGUUCAAUUCGGAUACAUAAACUAUAGAUGCCUUGUUCUUGUUUUCUAAAAAUAAAAUAUUGCAGAGCCCCAUUUAAAAAAUUUAGAUGCCUUGUCAAAUAUUCUGUGACUGACUCGAGUCUUCCCUGUUCUAUUUAAGAGGCAUAGGCCUCUUAGGAUCGCCAGUUGUUUUGGACUUCAAGUUUGCUGAAUGAUAAAACAAUGGCAUUUUGCUGUGCACUCCUUAACAUAUUUGAGAUGCUAUAUUUCUUUGGUUUUGCCAAAGAUUCCAGAUGCAAAAGUAGUUGAUUUUGGCAGGCCUGUAGCAGGUGACAAUGCACCAAUGCUAUGAUAAAUCCUCUGUUUGGGGAUGGGUUAGGGGAAGGGGGGGAAGGGGAACCUGUGCAAAACUAUGUCAGAGAAAGUAGAACCAACAGCUUAUGAUGGCUUUCAUGGACAUAACCUGUUUAUGUACAUGUCCGUCAUAGUGAACAACUGUAUAGUUAUUGUAUAUAUUGAUCCUUUUUUGUGCAGUAUAUCUCCGCAUAUUGAUUUCUAUCCAGAUUCCAUGCUUUUCCCUUACAAUACUGUACUCUGACAGCUUCACAUGUAGAAGUCAUUGCUUGAAAUCUUCAAUAUUUGGAAUAGCGCCAUGUUUCUUCGGCACAUUAUUGCAGAAGGGGUUCUUGCAGUUAUUCCUAUAACACCGUUGCUUGGGGGCAUUGAUGUGCUCGAUGCCGUCAAAGGUGAAUAUGGUGAGUUGUGGUUCACCCUAAUUUCUUACCAAAUACAUCCAAUGCUUUUUCUGCAUCACUCCAGGUCUCACUGGCUUACUGGAGUUUCUACAGGUAAUGUGUGCAAACAUCCAUUAAAUAAUGGAUGUACAAAGAGACUGAUAGGUUUCAUGGUUCAGGGGAAAAGAGGGGUCUGGUUGAAGAUACUGAAAGAUGAAGGUGAUCUAGUUCCUAUAGCAAUAAAGGCAAGUUGAUCUUACAAAGAUUUUUGCGGGGAAAAAAAAGCCUUGCUUUUGACACUAGAAUAUCAAGUGUUCAGUUUAUUGUUGCUUAAGGGGGUGUUUGGAGCUAGAGUUGGUGGAGCUGGACGUGUUUGACAGGGGAGUUUUGUGGAGUUGGUGGAAAGGAGCUAUUUUUCCGUAGUAGAGUGCUGUCAAACAUCCCUUGUCAAACAUCCCUUAAGCUUGCAAAUACAAGUUCAAAUCGUCGCAUAUAUUUA